AUGGAAAAUCAAAAAUUUGAACAUCGAUCGAUAAUAAAAUUUCUUGUUUUGGAAGGCCAAUCACCAUCUAAUAUUCAUGAACGUAUGACUGCAAUUUAUGGUGACAGUGCUCCAUCACGCACGAUGGUUUUUGAAUGGGUUCCUCGUUUUAAGAAUGGACAAUUAAAUAUUGAAGAGAGUCCAAGAAGUUGGCGACCAAUCAGUACAACGGAUGAGAAAACUAUUAAAGUUGUAGAAAACCUGGUCAUUGAAGAUCGUCGAAUUACUAUCCAGGAAAUAGCAGAGAUCCUAAGUAUCUCAAGUGGUACCGUUCAUGGCAUUUUGCACGAUCAUUUACAUAUGACUAAAGUUUGUUCAACAUGGGUCCCACAUUCGCUAACGCCUCUUCAAAGACACGAACGAGUUGAAGCAUGUGAAGAACUUUUGGCUCGCUAUGAAACAGAAGGAAAUGAUUUUCUUUCUCGUAUUAUCACUGGUGACUAG